AUGUCUAAUAUAACAGCGGUAAUUCGACAUUUUGGUUUUUGGAACGAUGACAAUUGUUUCGUUAAUUACUCUAUAGAUGCAGUAGUUUUCAAAGAGUAUGCCUCAUAUGAUGAGUUAGCUGAUGCAAUAGCGAAGCAGGUGCGAAUAGAUACAAGUAUCAAAAAAAUCACUAUCAAAUAUAUGAUCGACGAUAAUUCCAUGCCUAUGGAAAUACACAAUGACAUGAGUGUCCGGGUGUAUGUUGAACUGAAGAAAAAGAAUAGGCAGUUCGGGAUGUAUCCGUUGUGUAUCACAACAAUUGAUAGGACGAGUGAAUACAGUCUAUCGGGCGAAAUUGUUAUUCAAGGUAGCCUAGCAAUAGCGGAUACAAAUGGUAUACACGAAAUGGAUGCUAAUGAUUCGAUAGCACUGGCGGCAUCAGCUUCUAGUAAGGAAAUAGUUAUAUUCGCAGGAGAGAACGAUUUCAUAAGUUCAAAUCGUAAUAAAAAAGAAGUCAUGGUAAAUCAGGUAUACAAUGAUAAGGAAACUUUGAAAGCUGUGAUGACGAAGUAUGCUAUUGACAAUAGAUUUCAAUUCCGAACAGAGAGGUCAAAUUCUGUAAGCUACACCCUUGCAUGUCUUUCUAGACAAUGUGAGUGGAAAUUGAAAGCUUCAAGUAUCAACAGAUCAGCUAUGUUCAAAAUCAGAGAGUUCGUAGAGAAACAUACAUGUCCAUUGAAGGAUAAGGUGUAUACGCAACAUCAAGCUACCAAUGGUUUUAUAGCUGGCAUUAUUAAGCCAAAAUUUAGAAAUUAUAAGAGGAAGUAUGUGCCUAGUGAUAUAGUAGAUGAUGUUAAAAAUGAUUUUGGGGUGGAUGUGCCAUACAUAAAAGUGUGGCGUGCUAAAGAAAAGGCUAUGACGGAGUUAAGGGGUGAGCCAGCCGAGUCAUACAAGAAAUUGCCGGGAUACGUAUACAUUUUGGAUAAAACAUACCCAGGUUCUCAUAUAAGAAUGAAGAAAACAUCUGAAAAUGAGUUCCUGUAUCUUUUUGUAGCAUUGUAUGCCUUUAUAAAGGGGUUUGAAUGUUGUCGACCCAUCGUGGUUGUAGAUGGAAGCCACAUCAAAACAGCAUACAAUGGGACAUUUGUUUCAGCGAGCACGAUGGAUGGUGCAGAAAAUGAUAAGUCUUGGACAUGGUUCUUCGAACAGUUCAAGGAAGUUUAUGGGCUACGGGAGAGCAUGUGUGUUGUAUCUGAUAGGCAUGAAAGCAUCAUCAAGGCUGUAUCCAAAGUAUAUCCUAAUGUUCCCCAUUUUGCAUGUAUAUGGCAUCUUUGGAAGAAUGUAUACAAUAAAUAUAGAAAGAGUCACAAGGUUCUUAGUGGGGUGUACUAUGCAAUGGCAAAAGUGUAUACACAGGAAGAGUUUGACAUGCUAAUGGAAAAGGUUGAGACGGUGGAUAUUCAUGUAAAGGAUUACUUGGAGUUAGCCGGAAGGGAAAAGUGGUCUAGGCUUUAUGCUCCAGUCAACCGAGCAUGGACAAUGACGUCUAAUAUUGCCGAGUCUAUCAAUUCAGCUCUCGUACAAGCAAGAGAAUUGCCAAUAUUUGAUUUUCUGGAAGAAGUUAGGAUUAUGUUUGGGCGCUGGAAUUUCACUAACCGACAAAAUGGUUCAUAUACAUUCACAACACUUGGGAAGAAAUUCAAUGAAAUGCUUACCAUUAAUGAGCGUAAAUUUGCACGCAUGACAAUUAGUUUCUGUGUAUAUGUUAUACCAUCAACCGAAUACGUGCACACGGUAAUUGAUGAGGGGCGGCGUUUCAUAGUUUGUAUUGAAAAGAAGACAUGCAGUUGCAAAGAGUUUCAGAUGGAGGAGAUUCCCUGCCCACAUGCCUGGGCUGUUCUUAAGAAGAAAAAUCUCACAGUCGACAACUAUUGCUCAAAAAUAUACAAACCUGAAACUGUGAUGAAGACUUAUGAUAUCCCAGUUUAUCCUCUACCCGAUGAGAGUGAAUGGAAAAUACCUGGCUACAUUUUCGAAGAGGUAGUUUUUCCACCGAGAUACAAGAGACCGCCUGGAAGGCCAAAGAAGAAGCGCGAUAAUUCUUUAUCUGAAUGGUUUUCAACUAAACGUACAAAUUCGUGUAGUAGGUGUGGACAUGUUGGACACAAUAGGCGUUCUUAUAUACAAAAUCUUGUUUCACUGUUUUCUGUAUAUGCUGAUUGCAUAUACAGCUAUCUUUGUGUGGAUACAUUACUAAGUGCAGAUGGAAAUUCUGUCUGUGGGUGUAUUCAACAUCUGUUGAUACUAGAUACAGCAAUGUAUGAAAUGACAGGACAGAUAACACAAAAAAGCGAUGUCUAUAGUUUUGGCGUUGUUCUUCUAGAACUCCUGAAUGGAAGAAAGCCAGUGGAUCAUACAAUGCCCAAAGGGCAACAAAGUCUUGUCACUUGGGCAACUCCAAGAUUGAGUGAAGACAAAGUGAAACAGUGUGUUGAUCCUAAGCUAAAUAAUGACUGUCCUGCAAAAGCAAUUGCCAAGAUGGCAGCAGUUGCAGCACUUUGUGUUCAAUAUGAGGCAGAUUUCCGGCCAAAUAUCACUACAACCACUUCUCAAUGCAAAACCUGCAGCACCUGA